AUGUUAAUGCAAGUACUGGUAAACAACAUAAAUAUUGGAAUGUUGAUGCUCCUCUGGAUACAGUUUGUUAUCUGCAGUAGACUACUGCGAUUGAAAAACAAGGAAGACAUGUAUGCUACAAAUACUGAUGGAAACCUGACUCUACAAUCGCCAAAGCUACCCACAUUAUCGAAUCAGCACGUGGUAAUCCAUAACAGAGCGUUGUAUUUUUUCAACGAUGGAGUAUACUACACAUUGGCAAUGGCCCAGGGAGGGCUUGAAAUCAAGCUGAUUGCUUACAAUGCAAUCGACGAUCGAGGAAUACGGUUUCUUUUGUCAGCGCCUGAUUCCCAGGUCGAUGAGCACAAGAAAACAAUCAAUCCUUUUGAAUAUCUGUCUCAAGGCAGGCCAAAGGAUGGACGGCGGUCGAGGAUAGAAAAUCGCACACGUGAUGACCAGCACAGAGCCCGUUCUAUGAAUGACAAAAUUGCCCACAGGCAAGUACCUCGUCGGUAUACCGACUUCCAUGCCGCCGAGGGAAGGCCUGAGGGAGAAGCAUACAUUGCAAAGGCAACUAUUGAAAAGCAAAAGCAGGUCAAUCACGACGGAAUCAGCACGAAUACAAGCCGUGUUGGCGUGAUUAUCAAGAAUAACGCAAUUGCAACCGAUAAGCACGAGGACGAUGUAUCUGAUGCAGCUAAAAACGAUGCUGAAUUCGGUAACAAAGCUAGGGAAAUGCCAAAGGUGGAUGCUAGCAUUGCCGAAUACUUGAGUGUGGAGUCGAGUGGUGCACAAAAGCGAUAUGGAUCAUCAAGAGUAAUUGAGCAUCUGGUUGAAAGCGACUCGAAGAUGGACUAUCAUGAGUUUGGAUAUGUGAUAAAAAACGUGAAUGUGAACGAAGUUGAUGGGGAGGGCAGCUUCCUUCUUGUUGGCAACAAUGACUCCUGUGUGACAUACUACAAGGAUUCGUUUAUAUUUAUGCCUUGCUCAAGCUCCACAGACCAGAUAUUCAAGCUGGAGUCUGCAGAAGAUGUUUUAAAGAAGAAAGCAGCAAGUCGUUUCGGCCAAUAUGAUUAUCAUGGCAAGAGUGAGGCGGAAAACGAACAUGAGCAUUAUGCAACUACAGAGAGGAGGGAAGCAGCUGGGCAUGAUGCCCAUGGAAGUUCAUAUGGCAAGAGUUUCUCAAGGAAGGCGCUUGCGCAUGGCGAUUAUGGGCUCUAUGCAGAUGAGAAAGGUGCUAGGGGGCUAUCUAAAAGUAGCCAUGAUGUUCUGCAUGGUAAUGGAUAUGAUGAGUCAGGCUCCAAAGCAAAGCCUUACAGAUACCUGGAUGAUGAUCUGAAAAAACGAAUAAUGAGCAGGGCAAAAGCAAGCAUUGGGGUAGAUAAUGUAAAAGUAAAUGAAGAGAGGAUGGACGAGCAGAAGCCUGUAGACGAUAAUUCUGGCUCUGAAAAAAUAAACGAGAAUGCAGAAUCAAAAAAGCACGUGGCCGAGCAUGUGCUUAUACCAGAUGUAGAGAAAAAAACAAGGAGCCGCUUAGAAGGUGAUGUUAUGGGGCGAUUUAGAAAGCUAUUGGCUGGAGAGUUCGAGGACGGCAUUUGA